AAACCGCUACCAACAGCAACUACUUUACUUGUGUUUAUACAUGUGAAUUUUCAGCUGGUUAUUUAACCAUAUUCGUUUAAAACUGGAAAUAUGCAGAACUGCACAAAGUUAUUCCGUAUUAUGCCAGUGAUUGGCAAAAGUGGUCGCGGUAUUAGCACUACAACACCACUUGAUGGUAAACGUAAUUUUCGCAAAUUUCAAGUACCAAACAAACGGGGUACACGCAGCGUCAAGGAAGCACAAAAAACGCUAGCAAAUCCUCCAGUACCUAUUGAUAAGCGCGGUGUACGGGACACGGGCGUCAUGGUUGAUGGCAGAUUUGUUGAAAUUCCAGAACGCAUACCCGAAUUAAUAGUACCGGAUCUGACUGACUGCAAGUUGAAACCUUACGUAUCCUACAGAGCACCAGAAGUAAUUCAAUCAGAAUUUACCAGCUUGGAUUUGUUCAAUGCGGUUUAUUCUAAGAAGAUAAUUGAAGAUUUUAAAGAAGGAAAACUGAAUGAUGAUGGUAGUCCUGUGACACCUUCAAAAGAUGAACAGUUGACUGCUGAUGAGGCUUUAAUACGCGCACGUAAAACCGGUUCAGAUAUAUUCUAAAUCAUAUAUUUUCAUUAUUAAAAGCAAAUUAGCAGUGGUACCUAUACUAACAUAAUUUACUCUUGAUAAUAUCUUUGACGGUAAUUAUAUAGUUUUCGCAACCAUUUUUCCGCCUUUAAGUCUGCAUCACCAAUGAACUGUAAUGUGUAAAUAAACUAUAUUAAUAAAAGUUGUUACUGAAAUUCUA